GGCGUUCGGGCGCGCAGCCGUACCCCGAGCGGAGAAUUCCCUCGGGAGCAACCGGGAGUUCGCCUUCCCCGCUCAGCCGAGGCGGAAUCUUGCCAAACUUCUCUGCGAAGCCUGUCUCGGAUUGGCCCCUCCGCGCAGCUGUACCCGGCGCGGCCCCGAGGCGGGCGGAGGCGGCGGGCAGGAAGCAGCUUUUGUGGAUGGCGAUUUGAAGAUGGAGUGUCUGAUUUCUGGGAACUAAAUGACAGGCUUUUGGUUCAAAACUGGCUGGGUGGAAGGAGGAACCAGCAAAGCAGGGGGUAGCAUACUGAUAAAAUGCUGCUCUGGAGCCCUCGGAGGCCAGCUGUGUGCCAGGGGGGCCCUUACGUCUUCCUGAAAAUAUUUUGUCCUAGGGCAUGGUGCAUGUGAGAGCCAGGCAUCAGCGGUAACUGAAGAGUAAAAAACGUUGGAUGUUGUUACCAAAGGAUAGCAAAUCAGUAAUCCUGGUAUGAGAAGGUAUCAAGAGAAGCAUGAGGGAAAGAGAGAGUUAAACUUGAGGCAAAGAGUUUAUUCUGAAGGCUGUCAUUGAAUUUGCAUGGAUUUGGAAGUUAAAGGAGUUGCUGUGUCCCCUCGAAGGCAGACUCAGCUGUCAUCAAUGGGGAAGAAACUUCAGGGCUGGAGACCAGAUACACGGGCAAGCCACAGUCCUCGCCCACCAGAGGUGCCAUGCCUAGAUCUAGGGAGGCUGGGAGAUUCUGAUGAAGAGGAUGGGGACUCUUACAUGCCAUACAGUGGAAGUUAUCCUCAUACAUGCCAUCUAGAUUCAUCUUCAGAUUGGAGAACAUCAUUACAAACACCAUAUGCACAGCAUCAUCAGGCUCAACAGAAGACCAUACCAGAAAAUCUUCCAUCCCCAACAGACAGAUAUAAACUGAAGUAUCGUCAGUAUGAAGCAGAUACGAGGGAAGAAUACAAGCAGUAUUCUCAGAGAAUUGCAGAAAAGAAAAAAGACCACUUCCAGUGUCCAGAAGCUUCAGUAAAGGGUACACAGCUUCAAGAUGGACAUAAUGAUGAUCUUACAGCUCUUGAUGAGAAAGCUCUCCUGCAACAAUGCUACAUAAGCAAGCCCUAUAAUAUGCGGCAUAGUAUAAGGAAAUCAGAAGCUGAGGAUGUUGCUGCAGAGAGGAGAAAACAGGCUGUUGUAGAACAAGUGAUGGUGGAUCAGUUAUCCAGAGCCGUUAUAAGUGACCCCGAGCAAUCCACGCGUGCUGAUAUUUACAAGGAAGCUCAUGGACUUCUGGGAUUUGGGACAGCACCAAUGCGUUGUAGAAAAAGAACGCUGCAUGAAACAAAAAUAAGGACCAAAUCAGGAUUAACUGAAAACAUGCUUUCUAACAAGCUACGCUUUGAUAGUAGGAUUAUAUCAAGAAAUGGUCGUGAUGCUUGUAGAGAGUUGAUUGGAUUUUUUUUCGCAUGUGACAGAUCCCUUACUGUGUACGAAUUUCGACAGUUUGGAAAAAAUCGAACAAAUGCCUUGCCUUUCAUUCAGAAGGGAGUUUAUCAACAUCAACGUGGACAAAAGAAGGGAAAAGCUUAUGAUUUUAGCGACUUCUAUAUUGGAGCUAACCUAACUUUCCGAAGUGUUGAUCAUAACCUUCCAGAAAGCUGUAAGCAGAACCCAGUUCUCACCCUUCGUGUGAUUGAUAUUGAUGAAGCAGCUGUGGAUUUUCUAAAAGCUUCUUCUAUGGAAUUCAAGCAAGAGUGUUCCAAGCAAGUGGUUGACAACAGCAAAGUUUUCAAGAAGAUUCAAGGUAUGCUCGGAGAGACACUAAGUAAAAGAGGAGUUCGGGUUCUAACAGGCUUAGGAAAGUAUUUCCGAAACAUAGACAAGAACAGAAAUGGUUUUCUCUCUCAGGCAGACUUUAAAGAAGCUCUGAAAGUAUUCCAUUUGGAAAUACCCGAAGGGGACUUUGAAUCCUUAUGGCUUAUUCUUGAUGAUAGCAAGAGUGAUAAGGUCGACUAUGGAGAAUUUACUCGUGCCGUAUUUGGAGAAAUGAAUGAGUAUCGGAAAUCAUUUGUAAGAAAAGCUUAUAUGAAACUAGAUUUCACCAAAACUGGGAGUGUGCCUAUGGUAGUUAUCAGAAAAUGUUAUUGUGCAAAGAAACAUCCUCUAGUAUUGGCAGGCAGAGCUACAGAAGAGGAUAUCAAGUCGUCAUUUCUAGAAACAUUAGGAGAGUCCUGCAGCAACCCCAAUGAAGUGUCCUAUUCUGAGUUCGAAGAUUACUAUGAAGGAUUAAGUAUUGGAAUCAUGGAUGACGAGGAUUUUGUUAAUAUCUUAAGGAACCCUUGGGGAAUUUAGUGGAAGACGACAAAAAUAAGGAAGAGACAUUUUCUAAACAAGGAGUGAGCUAAAUAAGGGAGGAUUUAGUCUUGAUGUGCAUUACUUCAUAAUUAGUGUCUUAAAGUGAUUUUUCAGGGACUGAAAAUUUUAGAUGCUUUUAGAAUAAUACAUGGCAAAUUUCUUAAGAGUGUCUGUUGAGCUAUGCUAGCCACAUUUUUAAUAGAAAUGCUGUUCAUUCCUUUUCAUUGGACCCCAUACCAAAAUAUGUCCUUUACUUGAUGUUAGAAUAAAGUAGCCUAUGUAAAAAUAAGAGGGAAUCAGAAUACUAAAAUGCAUAAAGGAGUAUAUGCAAGAGAAAACUUAGUUUUAUGAUACAUUGUGAAAAGCUUUAGAUUUGACUGUGGAAACGUCAAUGGUAGCUUUUCUUUGGAGUUUUUUUUUCUUGUAACAAUAGUACGUAUGUUCUCAUAACAUUCUUUGUCUCAUUUCUGGUUUCUUGUGCUGGUGCUUAGCCUGAAAGAGAGCAGGUCAUCCUUUUCCAGUUCUGAGGAUGUCUGCAGUACUGAAAGUGCAGCGAUGUUCACACCAAUUAGCCUUUGAAACUACUAUGUGGACCAUCUCAACUGAUCUUACUUUUUCAUCAGGCAUCUGAUGCUGAGCAUUGAAUCACAAAGGUUUUAAUAAGCACACAUAUAUUUUUUUUUUAAAUGCACUUCUUCCUUUCCUAUAUUUUGCAAAGUGAUUUUCAAAACAAAUAGUUUAUAUUUAAACAUCUGGCUUCUGUAUUUUUCUAUUGCUGUGAUUUUUUUAAACUAAAACUUAGUAGUGAUAUCCUCUGUCAAACUGAUACGUAGCAUUUCCUAUCUACUCCAAAAGUAUAAAACAGAAAAGUGUAAAAAAAAAAAAAACAAAACCAGCCCUGCUCUCUCACAACAAAAAUUAAACCAUGAAUUAAAAUAUGCCUUGCUACUUCAAAUAUUCAGCCAGAUAUGCCUUUCAAUGUAAUACAUCUUGUUAAUUCUGUAGAAUUCUUUGUGUUAAGAAAUGAAAAAUGCAUUAAUUUUAUAUAUAUAUAUAGAGAGAGAGAGAGAGAGAAAGAGAACCUCUGGUUUCAAGAUACCUGUCAUCAAAGUUAACUUAUGUUCAACUGCAUUUCUUAAGCCUAUGCAAUUAAAAUAUAUUAGUUUUCUUUGUGCUUGUCUGCCUGGUUUUAGAUUUAUAGUCUGUGGUUAACAGAACCUUCCUCUGAGAUAGAAUUUGUGUUUCGUAGGAAUUUAAGGGUGGUGCUGAAACAAAUGCUGAAAUGAGGGUCUUUGGUCCCUGUGUGGCUGACUGGUUUAUUCUAGAUAUAGCACUCGCAUGUUCUAAUAGCUUGGGCAUUGUUAUCUUUUCAUUGCUUGUGCCCUGUCCUCACUCAUAACUAGAAUUGCAGUUUCUGCUCUAAAUCCUCAAAUGAGGGAUUUGGGUGCGUUCUUUUGCGGCUGCAAAAGUCUGUAUGUAUUUGUUUACAGAGAAAGGCAAAUUCUUCAAUGUUUAUUCUAAGCGAGAAUUCUGAUGUGGCUUUAUUAUGAUCUUCUUACUCCCCAUUCCUGCUGGAAUUUAUCUUGCUGGAACAAUUUUGUUAAUUAGUGUUCUUGGAAUUGGUGAUUCUGAGAAGAGCAACUUCAGCUGGUUUUACAGGGAUCUGCUUGUUAAUCUGUCUGUUCGAAUAACUGAAAAAUAUCAAGUAACGUUUUUAUUAGUUUUUCACCUACUCUGUUUACACUUGUUCACUUAGGAGAGUUGUACCAACAUGUAAAAUUGUAGCUCAAUUUAAUAAAAGUGAAAGUGAUUGUGAAAUGAGGUAUUGACAUA